AACUCCUCCCCUUACAGCGACUUCCUGUUAGAGAAAUAGCAAAACAUCAACAGCUGAAUGUAUGAAAGCAUUUGCACAGCUAGUAAGUGAGCAUCAAAGCGAGGAGUCACGGCUAUCCUGCGUUGGUUGGGCUGGUUCAGGAUGGCAGCUCAGGCAAAUAGGGUGAUGGCAUUGUCAGAGUGGGAGGACCGUUGGCAGACGGGCAGGACUGGCUUCCACCAACCCCAAGUUCACAAGCUGCUUGAAAACAACCUUGACAAGGUGCUGUGUGGGCGAAAUGAAGUGCGGUUCUUUUUUCCUCUCUGUGGGAAAGCUGUUGACAUGAAAUGGCUAGCGGAUAAGGGCCAUUCCGUGGUAGGGGUAGAGAUAUCCGAAAAGGCUAUUAAGCAGUUCUUUGAAGAGCACAAGUUGACCUACAGUGAAGAGUCAGUCCCAGCCAUACCAGGAGCAAAGGUGUUCAAGAGUUCCAAUGGAAAGAUCUCUCUGUACCAGUGUGACCUCUACAAGUUUUCCAGCGAUGUUGUAGGGCAGUUUGGGGGAAUCUGGGACAGAGGUUCCCUGGUGGCCAUUAACCCCUGUGACAGAGAAAAGUAUGCUACUCUCAUCCUAUCCCUAAUGGACAAGAACUGCAGGUAUCUCCUGGACACAUUGUUGUAUAACCCAGAGUUAUACAAAGGUCCUCCAUUUUUAGUUUCUGAUGAAGAUGUUAAAAAUCUCUUUGGUAAAACCUGUGAUAUUGCAUUCCUGCAAUCAGAGGAUGCUUUCAUGGAUCGCCACAAGGAUUGGGGUUUGGACUACCUCACAGAGAAAGUGCAUCUGCUGACUCUGAAGGCUAAUUAGGCCUGAAUGGAGACUGAGUGGGUUUAAAGAAUGGUUUUAGGAAAGCAAAAAUGCUGCUAAAAUGAGUGAUCCUCUUAUCAGAGUAUGUGUGACAUAAUCUGUGUUCUUUUUAAUUGAUGUUACUGAUGUAAUUUUCUUCAUUGAUUUGACAAUAAACAAAGCAGGUUUUUUAUGCA